UUCCACAUAUUAAAAAAGCAAAAGGCAAAUCACCUCUUUCUUCAGACGAACUCCUGUUCCGUCCCCAAAAAUCUGCAACCCAGCUUGGCCGGCAGCUCAAGCGAUUCCCAAAUCCACGCCUUUCCCUUUGACCUCUGUUUCUGGGUUUUAAUCCAUACAAAUUUCUGUGCAAUAAGUACCACUCCACUGGUUUGACUCGAGGAAGAUCCAAAAAUGGAUCUCCUGGUUAUUGGGUUUGGGGUCAAUUCUGGUUUAUGGGUUUAGUUUGGUGUAGUCUUUUGUGGCAGUAGAAAUAUGGCGAAGCGCUUGACAAGUACUCGUAGCUCACUGGAGCUUAUGCUGGACUCACUCAUGCAAAAGGACGAACAGCUGCCGGACGUGCCGCCGGCGUUGCCGUCUCGUCCGGUGUCGAGGGCUCGCUUACCUUCGGCAAGAAGGGCGGUGCAGUUGAACGUGCAGAAGUUUGGGUUGAGGCAAGAUUUGAAUCAAAUUGAGGGUAGAAAGAAAGGCGAGUGUGGUAUCAAAAAUGGGUUUGUUCUAAGUAAGAUUGAAUUGCCAGAUUUGAUGAAUGAUACGAGGGAAAGAGUACUGGAGAUUCAAAGAUACUUUCGAGGACACCAAGCCCGCUGUUACUAUCUCAAGCUUAAAGGAGGAGCAAUUAUACUGCAAUCAUUUGUUCGUGGUGAAAGUUCAAGAAAGGAUUACCUAGCACUGAGUAGAAGAUUAGCAGCAAUUAUUGUGAUACAGCAGCAUACAAAAAAGUGGAUUGAAUGGAGAACUGCACAAAAAAAGAAGAUCGCAAUUAUAUGUUUGCAAUCUGUGAUCCGUGGCUGGUUGACUCGUCUUAAUUGUAAGGAAAAUUUCAGAUUGCUGGGCACUAAACCCAUGGAAGAUAUGAGGACACUAGACUGGAGAAAUCCAGAAACAAAGGACUAUGUUCAAGUUUCACCUUCAGCUAUUGCUGACCUUCAAAGUCGGCUCCUUAGGGCAGAGACAGAACUGGGGAUAAAGGAAGAGGAAAAUGCUGCUAUUAGACAACAACUUCAGAAGUUUGAUAAGAAGUGGUCACAUUAUGAGGCAAAGAUGAACUCAAUGGAGAAAAUUUGGCAAGAUCAGCUGACAUCUUUGCAGAUAAGUCUAGCAGCAGCCAAGAAAAGCCUUACUUCUAAAUGCAUCACCGAUCAACCAGUAAUAUUUGAUCCUUUCCCAUUAUAUCCUUAUCAUGGAGCUGAUGCUUCAACGCCCUUGGAAACCAACGGUACUGAUGGAAGAAUAGAAGAAGAUAUUCCAGAAUUGCCUUGCGAUACAGAACCACAACAAAGAAACAGAAGAUUAAAUGAUAAUACUCAACCGAGAGAGCAAUGUGAAAAUGAGUUUCAUGGCAAUUCCAGCAUUGACAGUGAAUUAAAAUCAGCGAGCUUAGCUUCCAGCAUAGCUCAUGACGAGGAACUUCGAAAACUGAAGCUCAAGUUUGAAACGUGGAAGAAAGACUAUAAAACUCGGUUACAAGAGACAACAACAAUGCUACAGAAGGUUGGCCACUCAGAAGCGAAGAAGAGCCGCAAAAAAUGGUGGAAAUGAUAAAUCCAACGAAGUGGCGUUAAAAUUUGAUUUGUUUUUUAGCAAAAAAAUCUGGCUGGUUCUUUUUUUUUUGAUAAAAAUCUGGCUGGUUCUUGGUGGGGCCUAUAUCUGCAUGAUGGUCAAGGGAAGGGAAUGGUGUUUACAAUCCUGGCAAUAUUUGUUGCUUGUGGAGAAAACAUGGAUGCAACUGAAAGAUCCUAUGAAGCUCUUGUGAAAACAAGUUGUAACAUUUUGUUCAAUUUGUAAUGUGCGGCAUCUAGUUGUAUGGCUCUUGAGAAAAUGAGAACAGAACUGUUCUACACAUCGAGGGAGAUGUUGUCUGUAUAUUGUGGAUUUUGUAACUCCAUUCUAGUGUUCUGCAAUUAAUCGAAGUACAUAAAAAUUCGAUCUUCAAGAAAAUUUCAA